CGGAUUCCUUUAUUGGUCCGACAACGCGACAUGAGCGGCAUCAGUUGUGAGUUUCUACAGGAAAAGCUUCAAAAGGAGCUAAAUCCUAUUCACGUGGAAGUGGUUGACCUAACAGAUGGUUGUGGAGGAAAGUUCUCAGUAGUCAUUGUUUCUGACAAAUUUGAAGGGAAACCUCUUCUGGCCCAGCAUCGAAUGGUGAAUGAUUGCUUAGCGGAGGAAUUGAAGACUAUUCACGCACUGACUCUGAAAACAAUGAAACCUGCGCAGUGGGAGAAACAGAAGGAAACCUAAUGCAUAAUUAUAUUCUGGGACAGUGACGUCAAUUAGAAACUAAUGAUAGCCCUGUUUGAAUGAAAGAAGACUUGAGUUGGUUCAGUAUACCUGAGUGAUGUUGUUGCACAUGUAGAACUAUCUAAAAUAUAAGUCUUUGAAAGAAAA